AUGACAUCCACUCAGGAAACUCCGGUGCUGACUGACUCGUCGGAGAGAACGGAGUUUCCUAGCAACCCACGAACAGAGGGGGCCGUCCGCGCGUGCGGAGAGCCCCGUGACUGUGCAGAUCUCUAUGAGGAAGGCUCCACAACAAGCGGUGUGUACUGCAUCACCCUACAGAACAGCACACGUGUGGGGGUCUACUGUGACAUGGAUACUGACGGCGGAGGUUGGACAGUCAUCCAGCGUCGGAUUGACGGCACGGUUCCGUUUAACCGGCCCUGGGCGGACUACAAGCGCGGGUUCGGGAACAAGUCAGGCGAACACUGGCUGGGGAACGACAACAUCCACCUCCUGACCAACCAGAGGGCCUACAGGCUGCGGAUAGUAAUGUCGCCACCACAGGGAAAACAGCAAAGCUUCACGUGCACCCGUGGUUACUUCAAGUAA